AUGCCUCCAAAAAAGGUAAAGAAGAAGAAACUCGACGCUGAAGACAAAAUUUCGAUAGCAGAAGAGAUUGCGGCCGAAGAAUUGCUCAUACCUCCAACUGAUGGCGCUACUCAAGCUUCUGUUGCUAGUUCGACAGUUUUAAAGCCACAGAAGAUUCGUCUAAGUGAUUUUGGAGCUAUAAGUAAGUGAAUUUGUUGUUUUACUUUGAUUUUUAGGCUUUCGAUUGAAUAAAGUUGAUGUGCGACGGUUUGUUCAAGUCUGUAACUCAACGUGGAAGCAGUCAAUGAAGGAUACUGGCAUUUGUAGAGUGUUAAAAAAUAGUAUUCAUGCUGAAACAUCUGCAGAAUUUGUGGCUUGUUCAAGGUAAAUGAGGUUUUUUAUCAAAGAAUGUCAUGUUAUCUAUAGAAAGUGGGGAAAUGGUUUUGGUCAUAACUUUUUUGAACUGAAAGCUAUUGGUUUGAAAUUUGAAACUAUGCUAGCUUAUUUUAUUCUUCAGCUUAUUCAAUAGAUGAGGGUUUGAUUGUUUAUAAGUUCAGAAAGUUAUAGUAGUUUUACUAUGGCUUACUUUUUUAUAAUUUUUUGUUAUUUUUGCUGGGUAAAUUGAAGCAAAAUGAUGUGUAGGGCUAGAAUACGGUUAGUUUUAGGUUAGAAAAAGUUUUGUUUGGGCGUGGGGACGAAUGGAAUUAUGGUAGGACUCGGUAUUGCUGUGGUAAGGUAGUGUAAUAUAAUUUUAAAGGUUUUUUCGACUAAUCUUUAUUUUCUUCCGUUCUAUUUUUCAAAUUUGUUUUUGCUAUUUACUUUAUGAUGUUAUGUUAACGUAUUUAUCUAUUUUUUAGUACCGUACUAGACAAAUGGUCAGAAACCGAAGCGAUCGAUCUAUAUCUUCCUUUAGUAAAGCCCUACCACCUAAGCCAUCUUGCCGACCUGAACAAAGGUGGUAAUACAACGGAACAACAGAUGCAAGAGGACCCAUUAACAACAGAUUUGAUCAAACUGAAGAUUCUAGAAGCCAAAGCCUUCAAAUAUCCAACGAAUAUCAAAAAGCCUGAUGGAUAUAAUGGCAGUGGUGUUCAUAGGUAUGCCAAUCAGUUGUGGCAUGACAACAUGGCAUCACCUUUUGAGACUGCUAAGGAAUAUACUGAAGCUUCACCGGAAAUGGCGGUUGCCAUUAACGUCGGAGGGCCGAUUUCGGCGUUGGCCAUUUGUCCAACAGCCGAUGAGCAUGGUCAAGAACUACUGGCAGUUUCAACGUUUUUGGACGAGGAAUGUUUUCAAAUCGACGAUAAUGCUAAUUCUUAUGUUCAGUUCUACAGUUUUAAUCCUGAAAAGUUGGGGUAAGAAGAUUUUUAAAAAAUUUAAAUUUUGAGUUUGAAAAAAAAAUUUAAACUGCUUUUCUGCGGAAUGCUAUUUUUCAUAUGUUAUUGCUUCAAAAUGGCAACGGCUUUCUUUACUAUGUCAAAAAUUGCAAGGACUUUCUUUACAAAACAAAAAAUGGCAAGAACUUUUUUUUACAAAUCAAAAAGGGCAAGAAAUUUCCUUAAAAAAGCAAGAAAUGGCAAGAACUUUCUUUACAAGCUCAAAUAUCACCCAAGUUUUAAUUUUCCAAUUCCAGCGACACGAAAUGCGUAUUCUUGUUAGAGAUACCAUCCCAAACCGUAAUGGACAUGACGUGGUGUCCAAAUGCCAUUAACAUACCAGGAAAUCCAAAAGUCAUCAAUGAAACUGACAAUUUUUAUGGAUUUUUGGCGAUUUCAACUCACAAAGGACUAGUACUAAUAUACCGAGUACCAAAAACAGUACCAAAAGAUGGGGCAUUAGUACCGGUUUUGAGGAUGGCACCAGUCUUUACCUUGAAUCAUCCAAAAAUCGAUAUUAAAGUGGCGGUAGACGAAAAUGAAGACAGUGAAAGUCAACAAAGUGGUACUGUGAAGCACGAGAGGACCACCAAAGUUCCAAUCUUUUCAGUGAUUUGGUCCCACUUUAAAGGUGGAGCUUUGAUUACAGCAACUUCAGAGGCUAGUAAGGGUUAAAAUUGGAGGAGAUAGGGGCUGGAAAGAAAUUUCUUGCGAUUUUAUGAUUUGUAAAGGGGGUUUUUGACGUUUUUGGUUUUGUAAAGAAAGUCCUUGCCAUGUUACGUUUUGUAAAGAAAGUUGCUGUCAUUUUUUGUUUUGCAAAGGAAGUUCUUACCAUUUUUUAUCUUAUCAAAUAAGAUCUUGCAUUUUUUUGGGCCGCGUCAAAAAGAACUGGACAUUUUUCAGCGUAUUUGUAUAGAACAAACGUCUAAUUCUUUUUGACGCACUGUUUUUUUGUAAAAAAUGGCAAGAACUUUCUUUACAAAAGAAAAAUGGCAAGAAAUUUCUUUGCAAAACAAAAGAUUUUCUUUAGAAAACUAAUAUUUUGAGCUUUUUACAUUUUAAAAUAUUUUUAUUUUUCAGGUCGAAUUUUGAUGUGGGAUUUAACCGAAAAGCCACGAGAGCGGUCGGAAAAAGAAGACGAACCUUAUAUAUUGGCCAGCAACACAAUAUUGGAACCGAAAAUAACGAUUUUUGAGACGGCAUGGACCUCACCGCCGAAUGCAGUCUGCUUUUUGAAUGAAAAGGAGUGUAAGUUGAACUUUUUUAAAAUUUUUUAGGUUGUUCAAAAAAUUCUGUAUUUCCUAUAUUAACUUUUGGACCAAAGAAUGUGAAAUUAGGGUUUUCGAUAGUUUUUGACUGAAAAAAAAAUUUGAAAAAUCGAUAUUUUGUGUGACAUUUCGUUUAAAAAGCCAAUAAAUUUUGUGACAUUCCGUCAAUUUUUAAAAAUAUUUUUGCUACGAUGCAAAUUUUAAUUUAAUCUAUGAACUUAUUAACCGAAAUUGUAAAUUUUACAAAAGUCAAUAAAUUUUAUGGCAUUUCGUCUAAAAACCAAUAAAUUUUGUGGCAUUUCGUCAAUUUUCAGAUAUUAUAAAAAAUCAAAUUGAUGUCGCUUUCAGUGGUGAUAAGCUUCCGAAAUCGUAUCAUUCUGGUCUACAAGAUACCGGAAUGUGAAGUUCGUCUAACCGAGUCAACUCCAAAGUCAGCCGGCUUUCUGGUGACCUCAGCCCCAACCACUUUUGGCGCUUUCGUCUCGACCGAUGCGGCUCCAACGUGCAUCGAAGGCAUCAUGUACGCUCAGAGCUGUGUGAUUUCGAUUCAGGACAGCUCGAAUGAUGUUUCUUUAAUGCCGUUGUUGAAUAGGUAGGGGUUUUUGUACGAAGUAAGAAGAGAGGGGUGGACUUUUUUUGGAGGUUGGGGGAGUGAUGAAGAUUGGGUUUUCAGGUAGAUAAUGGGAGAGGUGUAUGUAUUGGUUUUUUAACAAGAGAGGUGCAUUUUUCAAGGAAAGGGUGAGGCGGGGGUAUAUUGGUUUAUACCAAGAGAAGAGGGGGGGGUGGGUUCAUAAAAGGGAAGACGGGGUGGAUUUUUAAGAAGAGAAAGGGGAGGGGAAGAAAAUUGAAAUUUGAGGUAAUUCAUAAUUGGAAAGAAAGUUUCUGCUAGUUUUUACAAUAUUUUUUACAAAUGGCAAGAACUUUCUUUACAGAACAAGAAUUGGCAAGAACUUUCUUUAAAAACUUAAAAAGGACAAGAACUUUGUUUACAUUGCGAAAAAUGGCAAAAACUUUCUUUACAAAUCUAAAAAUGGCAAUAAAUUUCUUUACAUUUUUUAAAAGUUAAAUUUUUGAAUUUUAUGAAAAAAUUUUCAGCCACCAACUCCAGGUUUUUGACGCCAAAGUCUGCCCACGAACCGGCAUUAAUGUUACAGUAGGAGCGGAUGGUCGACUCCAACAGUCGAUGAAUGCUCGCAUCGGACCAAAGGUACCAGUUGGAGUGGAUUGUGACGUAACCUCCUUGAACUUCAUUACCGGUCGACCACUCUUACAUCUGGUACGACAUCGAAAAGUGAAAGGCAUAGGCGACUCUGAUGAUACAGUAAGCCGAAAAAAAGGCAAAAACAAAAGAAAAAAAAGGAAAAUGAUGAUGAGAAUCCGAAGGUACUGAUCAAACAUGAUGAUAUUGUGACGGGCAAUUGGCUGGAAGUGAGGUGUGGCGAUGCCGCUUUAAUGGAUUUGGUACAGGUAAGGCUUUUUUUGAGGGGGAGGGGUAGGGAUAAAUUUUUGAGUGUUGUGGGGUUAAGGUAGGGGUAGGUAAGGUUUUUUCUUAAGCAAGGUAAAUUUAAAAAAAAAUUUGAAGAUGGGGGGGGGGAAGGUAAUUAAAAGCUUUUUGUGAGAGGUAGCUAAAAUAUUUUUUUGUGAAGGGCGGGGUAAAAAUUUUUUUUAAUUUGAUUUUUAAAAAUUUUUUUGAAAUUUUAUACCAGGAUUUUUAAAAUUAGAUUUUUCACGAACUUUUAAUGAUAAGUUGUGUCGUUUUAGGUGAAAAAACACCGCACUCAACUAGCCCUAUGUCUACUUGACCGACGUAUCGAAUCGCUGACUCGCGUUGCUCUAAGCACAAGAACAGCCGGCUUCACAGCGGCCGGCGGAGAAGCGGGACUGGUCUUUCUGAUGCCAACAAUGAUAUAA